UAAUUACAUGACGAUAUGUCGAAGUCUCUCUAUAAAAGGGGAAAGUACCACCACGGCUUAUUUCAGAUUCAGAACCAACUCGUGUUCGACAAAAUGGUUAUGAAAGAUUCAUUUCGUCUUUCUCUUGCUUUUCUUUUGCUGAUUCUUCAUGUUUCGUCUUCAUUGGCUUCCUCGGAUUCAGUCUACGACACUUUUCUUCAAUGUCUAGAAAAAAACACAAACCAAUCCGACCAAGUCUCAAACAUAUUAUAUUCACCGACAAACUCUUCCUUUUCCAAAGUUCUCAGUAAUUACAUCAGAAACGCCCGGUUAAACCGAACGACGACGAGAAAACCUUUACUCAUCGUCACUCCUACCCAAGAAACCCAAGUGGGAGCAGCCGUGAUAUGCGCCAAAACCGCCGGAAUCCAACUCAAAAUCCGAAGUGGCGGUCAUGACUACGAGGGCAUUUCGUACGUCUCCGACGUGCCGUUUAUCAUCCUCGACAUGUUUAAUUUCAAGUCAAUCGCCGUCGAUAUCGCCGACGAGUCGGUCUGGGUUCAGUCCGGCGCGACGCUCGGAGAGCUCUACUACGAGAUUUGGAAGAAGAGCAAAGUCCACGGUUUCCCCGCCGGAGUUUGUCCCACUGUCGGAGUCGGUGGCCACAUCAGCGGCGGUGGGUACGGAAACAUGUUGAGGAAGUACGGCCUGUCCGUCGACUUUGUGGUCGACGCGCAGAUAGUCGACGUGAAUGGGAAACUUCUCGACAGGAAAUCAAUGGGGGAAGAUCUUUUCUGGGCUAUCAAAGGAGGUGGAGGAGCGAGUUUCGGAGUCAUAUUGUCAUACAAAUUGAAGUUAGUUCCUGUACCCGAAAGGGUUACUGUUUUCCGGAUCGAAACGUUGUUGGAUCAGAACUCAACGACGACCGACAUUGUUUAUAAAUGGCAACAAGUUGCUCCAUCUAUUGACGACGGUCUUUUCAUGAGGUUGCUUCUGCAACCGGUGAGUUCGAAAGUGAACAAGGGGGCGAAGACAGUCAGAGCUACCGUCAUAACUAUGUAUCUUGGAACCGCAGAUCAAUUGGUUUCAUUGUUGGGGAAGGAGUUUCCGGAGCUGGGUUUGAAGAAGGAGGAUUGUAUUGAAACUAGUUGGAUUGAUUCGGUGGUCUGGUGGGCUAAUUUCGACAAUGGAACCUCCCCUGAUGUGCUUCUCGACAGAGAUUUAGAUUCGGCCAAUUUCCUCAGAAGGAAGUCGGAUUAUGUUCAGAACCCAAUUUCCAAAGAUGGGUUGGAAUGGAUUUUCAAGAAGUUGAUCGAAUUGGGCAAAACCGGUUUCGUUUUCAAUCCUUAUGGUGGCAAGAUGAGCGAAAUCUCUGCUUCGGAGACUCCAUUUCCACACAGAGCAGGGAAUUUGUACAAAAUACAGUACUCAGUGAAUUGGGAUGAAGUUGAAAUCGAAAUAGAAAGGAACUAUACGACGCAGGUUAGGAGGCUUUACAGUUACAUGACGCCAUUUGUGUCCAAGAACCCAAGAAGUGCAUUUCUGAAUUACAGAGACCUCGACAUUGGAAUCACCACCAAUGGCAAAGAUAGCUAUCAAGAAGGGAUGGUUUACGGGUUGAAAUACUUCAAUGACAAUUUCCAUAGAUUGGUGAAGAUAAAGACGGCCGUUGAUCCAGACAAUUUCUUCAGGAAUGAACAGAGCAUCCCAACACUUCCAAGUAAGGCAUAGGGGGAAAAAAAAAAAAAAAAAAAAAAAAAAAAAAAAAAAAAAAAAAGAAAAUUUAUCAGCGAUAGCACACAUUUGGAAUUCUCAUUUCUCUGUUAUUGAAAUAAUAAUCUGGUUCUUUUAUUUUGAGCUGGAAAAAAAGCAUUGUUUAGUGUUAUACAUCCAGAUAUGGAUAUGGAGUUCUUAGUAGAGCAAUAUAGUUUUGAAUCCAAAAUUUUCUUUUCUUUCUUA